GGGCUGCAGGGCGUGGGCAUAGAGGCCGCGGUGCUGGUGCAGCACCCGCAUGCGCCAAUGACGACAAUGCUGAGCUACGUGCCGCCGCCGCACUUCUAUUCGCUGCGAAGCCCGAACUUCGAGACGGACUUGCUCAAUUUGUUCCAGAUGAAGCCCCAGUUCAGCCUGGCAGUGCGCGUGGCCUCUCAAGAUGUACAUCAUCGCAAGACGAAGGUGCAGAAGCUUGAGGAACAGCUGGUCGAGGCGAGGGAGUUCCUGGCCACGGACACAGCUGCCCACGAGAAGGCUGCACAAUGCAAACGCGACGCUGACGAGGCGCUCCAGAUCUUCAACGAGGAGGUUUGGAUGGAGGAGAAGCGCAAGGAUCAACGUCGUGCUCGUGAAAUAGCUGAAGCUGCUCGAGGGCCUCCGCAGGGAGCUGAGGUACAUGGAGGGGGGUGCGAGCGUCCUGGUGGUCGUGAAGAGCCUUAUCCUGCUGGCGCUCGUGUGGAUCCUGAGAGCAUUCCCAGCCUGGGCGACAUGGACGAGGCCGCCAUCCGUGCCCAUGCCGUGGAGAAGGGCCUCCCUCUGGAACUCCUGCUACAGUUCCAGAAGAUGUCCAAGAAGCUUGCCCAGGACGUCGAGAUGGAUGCUGGAAGUGAUGCCUGCAGCGAUGCUGGCGACCUCGGUCAGCCUGAAGCUGAUGAGCUACGACAGCUUCGCAGGCGAGCUUGCGAAACCGCCUUGGGCGCUGACGGCCUGGCCAGGAUGGAGGCCCUCAUGUCCGAGAAGUCCAAGGCUUGCCGGUCCCAGCUCAUCAAGACCGCCUCCAACGCAGCGUCGGCCCGCAUAUUUUGUCAACCGUGUCCGCGACACGGUCUCCAGGUUGCCGACGCGGAGUUCCUGACGUCCUCGCGCAGCGCAGUUCUGAAGUGA